CACACAAGUUCCGCCCACCUGUGCCCAGCAGUGCGCCCACCUGUGCCCAGCAGUGCGCCCACCUGUGCCCAGCAAUGCACCCACCUCUGCCCAGCAGUGCUCCCACCUGUGCCACCCAGCAGUGUCACCACCUGUGCCCAGAAGUGCCACCUACCUGUGCCCAGUAUCAGUGCCACCAGUCAGUGCCCAGCGGUUGUGCCAUGCCCAGCAGUGAUGUCAGUCAGUGCCACCUAUUAGUGCUGUCUAUCAGUACCCAUUAUCAGUGUCGCCUAUCAGUGCCACCAAUCAGUGCCGCAUAUCAGUGCCACCUAUCCGUGACACCUCAUUAGUGCUGCCUAUCAGUG